UGGGUGCGUCGGUCAGCUAUUUAAUACAUAAAUUGUCACUACGAGCCGAAAAUAUUGGAUUGAGUGCCGCUGCUGUAUUAUAAAACCUUUAUUUGUUGAUAUUUGUUUAGUCGUUUAAGCAGCUUCGAUUGAUUAGACCAAUAAAACGCUUUGGAUAUUGAUCGAGAUGUGCGCGGUUACUGUAAGAUGUGAUUUGUUUGCAGAAUGAUUAGUUAACGGUACAGUCAGUCGUGCUCUCCGCACACAACAAGCGGUUAACAUUCGGUCAGUUUCAAGGCUCUUAUUUGUUCGGGGCACUAUUGCAAGUUAAUUACUACAUCUAGAGGAGAUUGGUUUACCCACGGGAUGAGAGCGUGAUGAGAGAUGUAUGUUACUGAGACGCCCUCUCCGCUCUCAGGCUACAGAUACAGUAAAUGAGUAAAGAGCUAACGUUAGCCGUCACUCAGCUGUUGUGUUGGUGCUGUGCAUGAGGCUCAAAGAUGUGUCAGGUUAGUGGUAGUUUUCGUGUAAAGAAAAGGCAGUGCAGGUAAUGUCGGCUCAGAUGUGGCGGAUCAGCCCGGAUUCCUGACAUCAGUAACUGAGCAGGAGUGACAGAAGGAGGCUCCCCUCUCAUGGAUGUCUGCAGUAAGAACUCCAAUCGCACAGCCCCAGUGAGUGAGGGGGUACCCAGGAGAGCUGAUGUGCCCCUGUGCUCUCGGACCAAUGGUUGGAGCUGGCCCCCGCACCCUUUCCAGCUCCUGGCCUGGAUGCUUUAUCUCUACUUUGCUGUCACUGGCUUUGGUGUAUUUGUGCCUCUGCUCCCCACACACUGGAUCCCAGCCGGAAAUAUUUGUACAGGCAUUACAUUUGUCUGUCACCUCUUCAUGCACCUGAUGGCCAUCUCCAUCGACCCUGCAGAUUAUAAUGUCAGAGCUAAGAGUUAUAAGGGACCCAUGCCGGUGUUUGACCGCACCAAACAUGCACACGUCAUUGAGAACUGUCACUGCUACCUCUGUGAAGUAGAUGUGGGGCCUAAAUCAAAACACUGUAGUGCAUGUAAUAAGUGUGUGGCAAGCUUUGACCACCACUGUCGAUGGUUGAACAAUUGUGUGGGCAGCAGAAAUUACUGGCUUUUUCUCAAUAGUGUGGUUUCUGCUGUCCUGGGGAUUGUUUUGGUUGUAGCUAUUGCUAGUUAUGUUUUUAUAGAGUUCUUUUUGGACCCAUCGAAACUUCGUUCCAACAAGCACUUUCAACAGGUAAGGAAUGAGUCUGUGGUGUGGUUUGUGUUUCUACCAGUGGCUCCAGUCACCACAGCUGGUCCAGCCAUUCCCACUCUAACAGGAGUCACCAUUGCUCUGGGCCUACUGUCUGCACUUUUGCUGGGACACUUACUCUGCUUCCACAUGUACCUCAUGUGGAACAGACUUAGCACAUACGAGUAUAUUGUGCGACAGCGGCAUCUGCAAGAGGCCAAAGAUUCCAAAAAGCCCCUUCCAGAGCAUGAAUCUGGGGUUCCCACGAUUAAUCUAAUCAAGCAGCAGGUCAGUUAUGGCGGAACUCUCGGCUACACCAACCCUGAGAUGGAGGUAGAGGAUCCAACCGCCAUGAGCUCCCAAGAAGGAUCUGCGCGUUACGGCAACGGCCAGGUCAGAGGCUCGUCUGAGCACUUGGGUGAAGAAGAGCUCCUCCCUGCUGUCCUAACAGAGAACAAAGCAUCUCCUCACCCUCACAAACACACACAGAAAAAAAAGUGGAAAGUGCGCAAACUUGCAGCCGAGGUAAACAGUGACAGGUCCAUUGACACCAGCACCACCAAAGGCAUGCCAAAGACUUCUGCUGAGCAGGGGUCCUCUGUAGCUGCCUCCACUGUGUCCUCCUCUAUUGGUCAACGCUUACCCUUCCCAGCAUUCCCCCUGCGGGCCUCCCUCCCCCCUCUUGCACCCAUACAAGCCGCUGGUCCCCCUGCUGAGUAUCAUUCUGACUCUGUAGAAUCUCUGGAGGAGAUCCCUGUAGCAAUGGCACGGCUUGGCAGUGCAGCCCUGGCUGGCACUACUAAUGCUGCUAUGUCUGCCAGCAGCUAUUCCUCUUCUCUCCAGUGUGCUUUGCCUUCCUCAGCAGCUGGACAAGCUUUACCCUCCCCUCAGCCCAGGACCAAGAGGAAAGCAGCCGUUCGUAAAGCUGCAGAGCAGAGGUUUGAGAUGGUAUCCCAUAAUCCGUCUAUGUUCGUGAGUCGAGAAAGCAGAGAGCCUGCCAUGCCCCUAGAGGGCAUUAUCACAGAGGAAAGUCCCCGUGUGGCCAAACGCAAACAGACAGGCACAAAGAGAAAUAUGGAGGACACUAAACCCAGCACCAGUGUAAGAACCCUGCUUGCGUAGUGACUGCUACAGAGACGCAUCACCACUAGUCAGGACUCAUGGGGCAUGUGGUCAGCCUUGUUUCUCCGUUAAAAAGCUUGAGCUGCUUUAGUAAGAUAAGAUAAAAACUGAUGUAGCACUCAGAACCUGAUGCAACCUAUGCAAAACACCACUGAAUGAGAAUUUGUUGUCUGACCUUUUGCUGGACAAAACAUCUAAUGCUGGUUGUCGUUGGUCAAAGUUGCAUUUAGAUAUGUUUGACAGUGGGUCAUCAGAUUCACUUAUAUAUAUUUAUUAAUGAAAUUGUUGAUUGUGGAUUGAAGCCUUGGACUUGAGCCCUCAACUCAUUAUGAAUUUUUUGACUAUAAACUAACAUAUUUAGCCUUUCAUUAAUUCCAGUACCUUUCACUAUGACUAUGCUGAAGCAUUGCACAAAUAUGUUUUUUUAAAUACUUAAUGCAGUGCUACUUAACUAUUUAUUUAUAUACAUUAAAUGCCAAAGUUUUCGUUUUCUAUGAUGAAUCACACGUCCACUGAUUUUCAUUUUCAGGUUGUUGU